GCCAAUCCCCAGCCAGGACUGAGUGGAAUGUUUUCCUGAACUCUCUAUGAAUUUCCUUCCACGACAAACGCUCUCUCCUGCAUUUUUAGAGCACAACUCUCAGUCUUUACCCUCGUCGGGAAUACUUUUAUGGAAUUCUGUGGAAAAAAUGCUGUUUUAAUUGAGCACCAGGAGUCGCCAUCAGGCCCCGGUCCAAUUCCUGGAAUUGCAAACCACGUUCUCCAGAACAGAUGUUCAGCAACGGUCGACUGCAUUCGCCUCUGCUGAGACAUUUCCAAAAGUGGGGUUUGCAGAAAUGCCAUAGAAGAAGCAUUUUGGUUCCCCAAAGAACAGUUUUUCCACUAUAAAAAGCCUUUUCUGGAAUUGAAAGGUUCCUUGGAUGUUAAAGGUUCUUCAAGGAACCAAAGAUACCAAUAAAGUGUGUGGUUGAGAAACGCAUGUCUGGAUUGACGGGAGAUAUGACCACUGAAAGUACAGACAGGACCCUGACAGUUUUGCCCAGUGUUCCUUUCAGGAAGCCAUCUUCUGUUAAUCAAUCAUCUAUGGGCUGUAGGACCCCGAAUCUGCCCCAUGUUUGCUUGGACUUUGAGCUCAGUCUGGCUGUAGUGUUGAUGGUCUUGGCUGGGAUUUUGAUCUUGGCAUUGCUGUACUGGGUGUUCCUGCUGCGCCACAAGCUCCGCGUUGCUCAGGCCGGGAACACUCUGGAAUACUUUGGUUUCUUCCACAUGGCUCAGUAUGAUCUAAAAGAGCCCAACCUGCCCGUAGUGACCCCUUCUCUUCCCUCCCCACCUCCACCUGUUCCUGGACCUCCUCUUCAUGUCACUCCACCUCCACCGUCCAUGUUGUAUAUGUCCGCCCCCAUCAUCCACACCACCCCACCCAGCCCUCACCCGUCAUGUGGAGCCAGCUCGGACGCAGAGGUGUAUUCGCGGAUCGGAGUCCUGCGACCCUCGAGACCCUCCAGUGUGAGUCAGACCCAGGUGAUCCUGUUUGAACACUCUGCUCUUUGACGGACUGAUGCUUUCAAGUACAAGCACAGCUGUCUUCAUUUCAGCUGUGUAAAGUCGUGUGGAUAUUUUGGGCUGUUUUGUCAUUUUUAAAGUGUCUAGGGUAGAACAGACAAUCACCCUCUUUUUAAGUGAUAUAUAUAUUUAGAUGUGAUGUG